GGGGGAAGCCCUGCCUCUCCCUCCCUCUGUCCCUGUGCCCCCUCUCCUAGGCAGAGCUGAAGCCAGCCCAGUCCAGGGAGGAGAGCAGAGCGAGGGGAUGCCAGCUAAGCUGCCUUAGAAGAGCAGGAGGAGAGGUAGGCACCAUUACAGGUGGCAGGAGGAACUGUCUCUGGGCCUUGCAGGAGGAGUGGGGACCCAAAUAUGAGGGAGACGGCUGGCAGGAGGGACAACCUGUUGAAAAUGCACCUACCUAAAAGUCAGGGGUGGAUUUGCAUGGUGUUUAUUUAUUUUUUAUUUUAAUAGUCUUUAUUGAAAAAUAAAAAGUACAUAAUUACAGGUGCACAGAGUAAGAUAAGACACAAAGAAGGAGGAGAAGAUGUAUGUUAAAUUAUGCCUUGCUUGGAAGAAGAGAGGGGAGCUGCGAUGGAGAGUCUGUAGGCAGUGCACUGCCUUGGGGCAAGGAGCAUCUCUCCACCUGGACUGUGACCCUCCAUGCGCUCACCUGGGCGCACAGGUGUUGAGGGCCGCCCUGUUACUAGGCCUGUGGCCCCUUCUGAAUCUUUCUCCCUGACGGAGAUUAUCGGAGGCACAGAUAACGAUAGCAAAGGAGACCUGGGGGGAAGGGCCAUAGCUCAGGGACGGAACACCUGCCUUGCAGGUAGAAGGUCCCAAGAAGUCCAAUUCCUGCAUUUCCAGGAAGGGCUGCGAGAGAGUCCUGCCUGGAACCUUGGAGAGCAGCUGCUGGUCAGUGUGGGCAGAACUGAAUCAGGUGGACUCGGCUGUAAGGCAGCUAGCUAGCUUCCAAUCCCAUUCUGCUGCCCACACAAUGGAUUUCAGGCAAUUGUUUAUUCCAUGGCCUCGGGGGAGCUUCCCUUCUGCAGCCUCUGGCAUUGGCGGGGUAGACAAAUAAGGGACCAGGGAACUAUCCAGAGGAAGGGAACAUCUGGGGCUGGGGCUGGAGAGACUGGAACCCUGUGGGGAUGUUAGCCUCUAGGAGACGGAGCGCUGCAUGGGGAAGGGGGCUGGCUAAAUAGGAAAAUAUGUGCUGUGCAAAUGAGUAAGAAUCAAUGUGUAUAAUGAUCACCACCUUCAUAUAAGUUUACGCACUUCAUUAAAUGAGGUUUCUGAUGGAAACCCCUAAUAAACAAAAACAAAACCCCGUAGCUUUUCUGUUGUUUUUUGCUGUAUAAUUUUUUAUUACAUUUUCCAACAUUUUCACAAUCUCAUGGAAUUAUUACAUUGUUUCAUAAGUUGACUUCCCAGCUCCACGGCGUUUUUACUCAGAUCUUUUCUACUGCAUUAUAUCUCUACCUAUCACAAAAAAAGUUUCUGUUAUUUUAUAAUUUUUUCUAACGCUGCUUUUAUCUUGAACCCUGCCCGCGAUUUCAUUUGACUAAAGUAUUUUUUUCAAAUAGUCCAUAAGAGGCCUCCAUUCUUUGCCUUUCUGUUUUUUUUAUUUUAAUAUAAAAAAACAGUAAAUAUUUAAUUAUUCCAGAAUUUCUAAUAAGAGUGUUUUUGCUUAAGAAGAUAAGGCAGCUUGUGAUUUUACAUGAAUGUGUAAUGAAUGCUUGGAUCUAAAUGUAGCUUAGCUGUAUCAUGAUAUAUCCACUAGGCCUGCCAGCCAACGUAAGAUUUUAAAGCUGCCAUCCUAUACACAGUCAGCUGACAGUGAGUCCUGCAGAACUAAGGGAGACUUGCUUCUGCAUAAGCAGUCAACUGCUAGCUGACUAAUCAUUUGCCUUACAGGGCAAACUGACACUUGUCUCCUUAGUGAAAUAAUAGUGUGGAUUUGAUGAAAUGUACUUCCAUGUACAGGUGUGAUUGCAGUCUUAAUGAAUCGGUAGUUAAAGUCAGAAUAAACUGCCCUUUUCUAGCCCCACAGAAGGGCAUCCUUCAUAGUAUGCAAUAAUAUGCCAUUUAAUGAACAAAAGAAGGAAUGGUGUGUGCCUUUAAUACAGCAUACCUUCAUCCGUUUAAGAAUCUUGGAUGUGGAACAUCUCCUAUUAGAGCAGGCAUAGGCAAACUCUGCCCUCCAGAUGUUUGGGGACUACAACUCCCAUCAUCCCUAGCUAACAGGACAGGUGGUCAGAGAUGAUGGGAAUUGUAGUCUCAAAACAUCUGGAGGGCCGAGUUUGCCUAUGCCUGUAUUAGAGUAACAAAGAGUAACAGGCCUUUAAAGUUUUAGUAGGGUGAGAUGCUUAAGAUCAAGGUUUAAAAAAUAUAUAUAUGUGCACUGAUUUUGGCUGACUGCCAUCCUCUUUUUGCGGUCAGUGAUUUUGAUUGCAAGAAGGGAAACUAGUUGGUACCUGCCUGCCUGCCUGAUUUUACUAUCCCACCUCCAUGGUUCUUCCCCUUCCCGGUUUAUGACCUAGUUUAUCUUUGCAACAAGGAUCCCAAUGAUAGCUCAGUCGCUAGAGCAGGGGUCAGCAACCUUUUUCAGCCGUGGGCUGGUCCAUCGUCCCUCAGACCAUGUGGUGGGCCAGACUAUAUUUUGAAAAUAAAAAUUAAAAAUGCAUGAAUUCCUAUGCCCCACAAAAAACCCAGAGAUGCAUUUUAAAUAAAAGGACACAUUCUACUCAUGUAAAAACAGCUGACUCCCAGACCAUCCACGGGGCGGAUUGAGAAGGCAAUUGGACCGCAUCCGGCCCCUGGGCCUUAGGUUGCCUACCCCUGCACUAGAGCAUCUUAAUCUCAGGGUUGUGGGUUCAAGACCCAGCUUGGGCAAAAAAUUCUUGCAUUGGAGGGGUUGGAUGAGAUGACACCCCCCCCCCCAUGAUCCCUUGCAACUCUAGAGUUCUAUAGGCUAGACUCAGACAUAGUUACUUGGUCCAAGGUCCCUCAGUGAGUUUCGUGGCUAAAUAGGGAUUUGAAUAUAGGUAUUGGAGCCAUCUUUAUAAAGUAUUGGGUUGUUUGUUGUUGUAGUAGUGGGGGAGAAUGAUGUAAAAUUGGCACUGGGAAGGGGAACAGUUUGUGCAGCCUGCACCACUAAGUAUUAGUGUCAGUGGUGGGUUUUAAUCUGCAAUUCAACACAUGGAGCUUUCUUGAUCGUUGCAUCUCAGUGCUGGGGAAGAGCAUAGAUCUGUUGAGUUUCUGCGUGUCAAAUAGCUAUUAAAAAACCAGCAGUGCAACCAGAAAGUGGCAACUUUCUCUUCCCCUACACACACACAUACACACACCACACGCUCGCUCGCUCGCUCACAUACACACUUCCCCCAUCCAUGCAACUAUGGCAUUUCCCCUAUUUCCAAAACAGAUUAAUUAAUAAAAUAGAUGCUGUACUGUACUUAGUCCUGUAUCAGCAGUUCCCAAACGGUGUGCCAAGAACACUGUUGCAUCUCUGGUGUUUUGUUUGUUAGGUGGCAGUGGAUAAUUUCCCUGCUUCCCUACAACAGAUCAUGUGCUAUGCAGAGACAUAGCAGAGUCACCCGCUUUCAGAGGAGGCUGCCUGUUUUAUCUCUGAAUGAGUUACUGUUCCCUGUAUGGCUCAUUCCAAACAGGUGGCAUACUCACGCAGAAACACAAUCUUCCAAGAGCGGUGCAAUUUUUACAUGGUUCUAAAAGCAAGUCAUCCCAGGUGCAAGAGUUUAGUUCUGAAGUUAAGGGUCCUUAAGUUAUUAGGCAUUUGACAAAUAUUGCAAGAUAGUGUAUUCAUUUUCUUUAAGGGCUGUGUCUUUCUGCCCAAUCCCCAGCGGAAAGGACCUUCCCCGGCUGGUAUACCAAUCUGUCGCCCUAGAAGUCUGCACACUCCAGCUGGCCUGGACCAGUUUGAGCUGUCUGGUUUUAUCUUCUCCCCUCUCCAGAUAACUUGGCAACAGACAUAAAGCAUCCACCAGCAACCCCCCAAGCUCUCUCGGUGUUGCCAAGGUCAUACCCCUUUCACAGAAUUAAAAUAGCCCUGCUUUGAUACAUGGGGGCAGGGGGACCUCUCCAGUAUAGAUGCUCUGCACUUGCUGAUUGCGGCUCAGUGCGCCAUAGGAAGAAAAGUCACCAUGGGGACAGCCUUGUGCUGAGUCAAACCACUGCUCCAUCCACCAUGGUAAUUGUUGGACUCAAACUCCCAUCGGUCCCAGAGAUCAUGGCCAGCAGUCAGGGGUGAUGGAGGUUGUAGUCCGCCAACACCCAGAGGACCACAGCUUUGGUCUGCAGCAGCUCUCCGGGAUUUCAGACAGUGGUCCAGUCUGGAUAUGUUCGGGAUUGUGCACGGGGCUUUCUGCAUGCCAAGCAGGUGCUCUGGAUAGCUCAGUCAGUUGCAGUGUGGUACUGAUAACACCAAGGUUGCAGGUUUGAUCCCCUAUCUGAAACCCUAGAGACCUGUUUGCAGUCAGCGUCAACUUUACUGAGCCAGAUGGACCGAUGAUUUGGAGUUUUUUUAAAGAGAGGUUGGGUGGCUAUCUCUCAGGGAUUCUUUAGUUGUUAUUUCUGAAUUGCAGAGGGUUUUACUAGAUGAUCAAAGCUUCCAAUCAUUGGCCUGUCUAGCUUGGUACUGUUUCGUUGACUGCAAACAGGUUUCAGACAGAGGAGACAGCCUUAUAUUAUACAGAGAUGUUGGGGGAUGAACCUGAAACCUUUUGCAUUCAAAGCAGAUGUUCUACCACUGAGCUAUGGACCAACCUUCCUGGUUCUUCCCCAACUUUGUUCUUUCCCUACCUUGUUCCAGCAGCUGCCCUUUGUCAGCCAGGCUUCCCAAUCGUCCCCCGCUUAGCCGCUGGCCUUUAAAAGUGAACGCUUCCGUCACCUCCCCAAACUCAUGGAGUAGCUGCAUGUGUCAACCCUUAGCAAGAUCACCAGUCCCGGGAAGGAUCUCCAGUGAAGCUGACCUCUCGAUUUAUUUCCCUUCCUCCCCUCCCUGCUGCAGCAGCCAUGGGUGAGUGGGGGUUCUUGAGCUCCCUUCUGGACGCGGUGCAGGAGCACUCUCCCAUGGUGGGCCGCUUCUGGCUGGUGGUGAUGCUCAUCUUCCGCAUCCUGAUCCUGGCCACGGUGGGCAGCGACGUCUUCGACGACGAGCAGGAGGAGUUUGAGUGCAACACGCGGCAGGUUGGCUGCAAGCAGAUCUGCUACGACUUGGCCUUCCCCAUCUCCCACUACCGCUUCUGGGUCUUCCACAUUGUGGUGCUCUCUGCCCCGGCAGUCCUCUUUGUCAUCUACUCCAUGCACCAGACCACGAAGAUCAACCAGAAGGAGAUGGAGACGGGAGAGGAGGAAGCCAGCCGGGCGGGGGGAAAGGCCCCUGCAAAAUUUGGGCCUCAGCCCAGCCAGCGCAGCCAAAACAUCAAGACCUUCUACAUUGUCAACGUGGUGGUGAGGAUCUUGGCCGAGAUGGGCUUCCUGGUCGGACAGUGGAUGUUGUACGGCUUCCAAGUGGGGUAUCAGUACAUCUGCAAGCAUCACCUGUGCCCUCACCUCAUCGACUGCUUUGUCUCUCGGCCAACCGAGAAGACCAUCUUCAUCCAGUUCUACUUCAUGGUGGGGCUGGUUUCGGCCUUGCUCAGCCUGGUGGAGCUGGCCCACCUCUUGUUCAAGAACCGCUGCAGGAGGCGCCGCACGAUUGCCCCGCCCACCACUGCCUCUUACGAACAGCAGGACAACUGGUCCAAUCAGAAGCAAGAGAAGAAAUCGCAGCACUUCCUGGCCCCGGCAGAGGGAGGCGCCAAUGGGAUGCCUUCUCAUGGCGGGAUUCCCAAUCACUAUGAGCCCAAGGCUCACUUCCACCAUAAGAGUUCCACGAAGAGCAGCCGGUCCUCUCGCUCUUCUUCUGCCAGAGCUGACUUGACCGUGUGAGGCCAGGGAGCUCCCUCUUUCCUCUGCCUCGCUGGUUGUUCCCUGGAUGAGCUGGACUCCUCCGGCUGGAAUAAUUGCACCCGUGAACUGUGUUUGCAGCCUGGCCCAAAUUACUACCACAGACCUGAUAUCGGAUCAUCUGUUCUAGCUUGUAAAGGAGACCUGCUGCAAUCCUUGGGGAUUCGUGCUUUGCUUUCAUGUAUGUUUCGGGGAAUUGGGGUGGGCUGGGCUGGCAUCUUUCAUUUAUAGUGUUUUCCAAAGGAUGCAUAGGCUUGAAACCCCUAAGAAAAGAGUCAGGAAGCUACACGCAUCAGAAGGAGUGGAAGUGGGGAGACAAUGACUUUUCCAACAAUGCACAAAACUCUUGUCCAGAUGAGCAACUCCUGCUUGAAUGGGCUAAAGAUUUGGCAGCAAACCUGGCUAUACAGAAGUAUGAUGUCAGAUGCAAUUGGGGAUGCUGUUGGGCUUGGACCGAUCGUUGGCGGCGGGGAGAUUGCAAUAAAAGGGGAUUCCUUUUUCUUGUUAAGAUGGUGUACCAUUGAGCCACUGUGUGUUCUGAAAGAGAGAAAAGAACUCGGUUUUAGUUAGUUGAAAACAAUUAGAUGAAUGCCAGGUACAUUGAUUUGCCUGGGAUGCAGCUCUUGAGGCCAGGAGGAUCUGUAAAUCUCUUUGUAGGAAGAAUUGAUCUGUUCAGGAGACUGUCCCCAGGGCAUUCUGUUGAAGCAAGAGGUGGGAUAGCUGGCAUUUUUACGGUCGCUCACACAGGGUAGGGAUGCUAUGCCUUCCAGGAAAGAGGCAGUCAUCAGGUGGUGGGUCCUUUGUUGUGCCAGAGCGAAAGGUGGGACAGUCAUGUGACUAAGAACCAUACCUGCGUAGGUUGUGCCUCCGUCUUCCAGGAGCUUGCCAGUGUCUUUAGCAUUAAAUAACUUUCCAUCCCAUUUGGCCAGGCAGAAUGAGCUAUCCCAACAGAACCAGACAUCAGAAAGAUAGAAAAGUGUGGUCUAAAGUUGGGGGUGGAGAACCUCAGGCCCUCCAAGUCUCUCUGCCUGGCCCUUGAGUUUCUUCCCAGGCCACACCUGCUCCCCAGGCCACAUCCCUCAUUGGCCCUGAUUCAUACCCUCCUUGGGUGUGGUUUUUUGCCUGGCUGGAAUGUGCCCUUGAUCUCUGUUAAUGCCUCUUGCUUGCCUGGGCAGAGGAUAGAGAGGCAUGGUGUACAGAAGCUAUUACCUUUACCUUUACCUUUACCUUUACCUAGCAGGCUUUCACAUAAAGCAUAGCUGUCAACAUUUCCCUUUUUUAAGGGAAAUUCCCUUAUUCCAAAUAGGAUUCCUCGCAAGAAAAGGGAAAAGUUGACAGCUAUGACAUAAACGGUUAACAUUACCAGAAGUAAGUAUGGCUCCCAUCAGACAGGGAGAUGUCCCUGGAGCCAAAACCCUUGGGUGUGUUGUAUCAAAACCCUCUCCCUGCCCGGAAAGAUUUUUAUCCAGACUAUUUUUAACAUUUCCCAUGGCAAAUGUUCCUCCUCCUCCUCGUCCUCUCUUGGGACCAUAUUUCCCUGUCCAAUUGUUUUUGAAAUAGAGAGAGAAUUCCCCCCUUAUAACAGUAACUCCACCACUGGAGAUUCAAUAUAGUUUCCUCUGUCUGAGACCUAAGCCUCAGCCUGAGCAGUCUCCAGGAUCUCGGGAUCUCUGAGCACCCCAGGAACCCUCCCUGAAGCCUUUAAACUCUCAGGUGUAUGAAGGCAUCAAGCUUUUCUUAGAGCUUAGUUUGCUGCUGUCCUUUGGGCGAGGAAUCAGCUGCCUCUUUUUUUUUAAUAAAAAACCCCCCACGAAAUGAUGUGGAUGAGUGAAGGAAGAGGGGGAAAUUUCAAUUCAGUUCGUAUUUAGAGCUGAAUCUUGUGAACAGAAACAUUUCUGUGGAUUUUGCCGUGCAGUUCUCUAGCCACGUAAGGUGUGCAAAACUGCAUAUACUAGGGUAAAGUGUGCUUAAAAAUGCAUAUAACUGUGAAAACAACACACACAACAACACUGUAUUAGUGGGGAUUACUUUGCAAUAAUGUGUAUAUUGUGCACAUUAGGAGAAGUUUGAAUCUUCAUGAGGAAUUUAAAACAUGCAAACCUAUGUGGAAAUGUAGAGAAGUGGACACAAAAUUGGGAAAAUAAAGAAUUGAAGAGAAACCAGAAUGAUAAAGAUUCACUAGUUCCUAGAUGAGGAUUGUGAAGAGGGGCUUAACCUUAUCAAGAUGCUUCUUGGAAAUGCAUUAAUAAAACAGAUAUCCCUCCCUCCCAAACAAGCCCAGGGCGGCAAACACUUAUAUGACCAAAACUGCAGU